CUGCGUCUUGUUUUCAGCUCACAGAUUGUAGGGAGCUGGCACAGUUUUGUAAUCUCUUGGCAGACCAGUAGGCAUACCCUUGGCGCUGCUGGUGUAUGCAUCGCAGUUUCUGGAGGUCAACCUUAUUUCGUAUUUUCCGACUUGUCUUUUGAUGCUAAUGUCGAUGACCCUUCGCUAAGUGAAACGAAAAUAUAAAGAGUUUGGAAACUCGCAGAAGUAGGUUAAUAAAGGAUAUUACUUCACUUAUUCUGAAUACAUUACUUAGGACUGGGAGUACAGCAGGAAUCAUAAACUCGGCAACAACCAGCUUAGAGGAUGCUGACUACAAGUCUAGUGGCUCUGGCGCUCCUUCUCAACUUAGGGGUGGCCCAGAACACAAACAUACCCACUUGUACUAAUACACCCGAUCCCGUUCAGAGGCGUGUGUGGGAGUGUCCACCUCGUGCUGUGUGUGCGGACGAGUGGCUGGUCGUGAGGGACUGGCAGAACGGUACAAUGUGUCGCGAGCGCCGUGUGAUGAACAACUGCCAGUGUCCAACUGACCACACGUGUCCUGUCGGCAACUCAGCUCACCUUCUCCACGUCAACGCCAAGCACAGACAGUAUUUGUGUGAACCUAAAUGCAAUAUAGACAUGUGCGGAUCAGCCAAUCGCAGAAAUGCAGAGGAGAUGGUGCAGCAGUCGGAUGGCCCGACCUUCUACCGUAUCAACUGUCGCUGUCCGGGCCAUAACUAUCCACUGGAAUCUGUGCCCGGUGAGCUUCGGCGUGCCACGCGGUUCUUUCGCAUUCGCUUCCAUUUUCAAGGAACGGGACCUGUCCAGUCUAUUCAUGAGUAUCGUUGUUCCAAUGCAGGCACCAUCUUCACUACGCGAUCGGACACAUGCCCUGACACUGGAAGUGUACGCCUUCGCUGACGUCAGUAGCUUCUGAAAGCAGCAGUCGACGGGCGAGAAAACGGCACAAAAACUUGCAUCAUUGACAGCCAGACAUACCAUUAGAGAAGACAGUUCAGGAAUAUAAAUCAUCUAUAAGAUCUGGAAUGAAGUGAUGUCAAGAUUGUGCGGCGACGUACCAGAUGUUUGAUGAGCAUCACAUAAAUACUUUGAGCCUUCAUGAGAACAACCUAACCUGCGAUGACAAAGACUGCAGAAAAUAAUACUGUACAACAUGAUGUCAAUCGAUCUUAACUCUUUUUAGUGUAAAUGAAGAUUUGAAAACUUAUUUAAACGUAUUAUUUCAAUAAACAUUAAUUCUCAGACGAUGAAUUGUCAAAUGUAUCGAACACGUCUCUAAGUUUUUAGGGUUGGAAACAAGGGGAAGUAAUUUUAUAGAUUACCAUUAUCUGUCCCUUAGACCUAGUGGGUCUUCGGGGAAAUGGAAGACAUUAUCAUCCCUUCUUGCUAACUUUGUUGGUUUUCUUUAAGUCUCUUGCGCCGAACUAGAGGCUAGUCCGUUGCUGGAUGUAGUCCAUUCAUUUCUUCUUUUGUCUGCCUCUUCUUCUUCAUCUAUGGACUGUUCUCUGGAAGAUCCUCUUUGCAAGUCCUGAUGAUCUUGGGAUAUGCCACAUCAACUUGCGUCUUUGAAUUGUGGAGCCCAGUUGUCCUAUAUCGUAACUCCUUACUGUCUUUUUCUUGAGCGCCGAGAUCAUACUCUUAGGAGUGUGAGUAUGCGCUUUACAAACUUUGCAUUUAUUAUUAUUGCUAAUGUGGUCUUUUUACGACAUAUGAAGUGUCCACCUAUAGCACCUUACCUUCCUGGACUGUACUAUUCUCUGCAAGUCUUUGUAAGAGACCAAGUCGUGCAUACGUAUAAGAAGAGGGAGAUAACCAGGGAACGUCUUCGCCUGAUUUUGGAGUAGAAAGAGAUGUCACUGCCAUUCUAGGUGUAUUUCAGACUGACGUGCUCAACUGUUGUUUGGGGAGAACCUCUGGUUUUGAGACUUUGAUUCAAAGUAUUUGAAACUGGAGUAUCAUACCCUUAACUUGAUGUCUAAGCUACGUCAGUGUUGAUGGUCAUAAGCUUUGUCCGUAUGAUGUUGAGGUUUUUUUCACGGUGUUCAAAAAGAUAAGCAAAUCUUAACCUAUUUAAUACCUGUCUAAUCUGUCAUCGAGGUAAGUCGGUGAUCGUCCUGCCUCUAAAUUUCUUCUAGUGCAUCUGAUAUAUUUCUUUCCAGGAAGAUAAUUUAUGGGAGAGUAUACAUCAUUGUCAAACUCAACUCCUGUUCUGCACCAUACGCCUUUGCUUCAAAAGACUGCACUAGCUGUAUUGUCAGAGAGCUAUGAAGUUAAUAAAUUGGCACUUUAUUAUUCAAGAACAGUUGUACUCAAUAACCAGAGACGAUAUUGUAACGAAAUAACUGUUAUGCAGCUGAGUGAGAGAAUAUUUUCUGAAGUUACUACAUCUGAAAGAAAGUUCACGAUAAAUAUUCUGAAGAUGGAUUCAAGACCUGAGAUACACUGACCUGUUUGACAGACGUGAGGUUUCAUGUACCUGAAUAUACAGCUGAGGACAGUUUCAAUAGCCUCUACAAGAAAACUUUGAAAUAAAUGUGUUAUCAUCUACAGCUCUUACUUUCUUUGAACAUCUCUCUUCUUCAGACAAUCAGGAAUCUCGAUCAUCAUUGUUUCGUGGAUCUCACAUCAACGCAGUCUCCCUCUGUGGGAUCAAGCACUUCCGACCCGUCAGUGUUGUCUCAGCUGGAUUACUGUAACAGUGUCAUCCGUUUGCUGAUGGUUGUAUUUCUUUAAUGCAUGAUUUGUUUGCGGUCUUUAGGUAGUUAUAUUUUACUUAUGAUGUUUACGCAUCAAAAGUCUGUUUUAUUGUAUUGUAAGUUUUUAGUUUAUUUUAAAAGUAGUUUACUAUAUGUACAUAAGUCGGUGAUUAGAGCUUGUUUUCAAUGUGUACAUAAGUCGGUGAUUGGAAGGUGUUUUUAAUGUCCUUACACCACCUAGGUGUCUGAAAAAAAUCAAUGACUCCAGAGGUAAAGUAAAAAUUAUAAAGUAUAAAUUCGGGAAAUAAUGUAGUUUUCAGGAUCUUUUCCUUUUAGACACACUGUUGCAACAGUUGUUAAUAUGUAACUGUCACAGGACCUGUAAAGUAUACGUGUAUAAGUAAAUAAGUAAUUUUUGCAUGCAAUGAAAGGAACGUAGAAAUUAAACUGUAUGUAAAGAUAGUAGAAUAUACUUCUUCAUGUCAAUUAAAAUAGGCAGUUGUCUCACUGAUAAUCAAGAUAUACCCCGUAUAUGAUAAACACCUUUAAAAAGCUGCUAUAGCAAAAGAGGUAAGACAUUCUCAGGCUUUUUCUUAGACAUAUGACUCCAAAGCGGAUGAUGAAGUAAUGUCUAACUCAAAGAUGUCUAUAUGAUAAUACUAGACAUUAGAGAAUGUUUGGAAAAUGAGUCAGAUAACUUCUAUUAAAUCCAGAUCUUAGACUU